UUCCUCCAGUCUUUCUUACUUUCCUCUCAAAAUCUCUCUCUCUCUCUAUAUAUAUAUAUAUAUAUGUUUUUAAUUUCCUGACUUAAAAAGAAAUUAAGAAAAGAAAUGGUACUCACAACCACAAUUCCAGACUGCGAUGAGCAGUUGAACUCUACUUUUGCUUCCAGAUAUGUCCGUACUCCCGUUCCCAAGUACAAGAUGCCUUCGAAUCCGAUACCAAAAGAAGCGGCAUAUCAGAUAAUAAAUGACGAGUUGAUGCUGGAUGGGACACCCAGGCUGAACUUGGCUUCAUUUGUGACCACCUGGAUGGAGCCUGAAUGCGAGAAGCUUAUGAUGGCUUCCAUGAACAAAAACUAUGUUGACAUGGACGAAUACCCUGUUACCACCGAGCUCCAGAAUCGGUGCGUGAAUAUGAUAGCCCGCCUGUUUAAUGCUCCUGUUGGAGAAACUGAUACUGCUGUUGGUGUGGGUACCGUGGGAUCAUCAGAGGCAAUAAUGCUGGCAGGUCUAGCUUUUAAAAGGAGGUGGCAGUCGAAGAGAAAAUUAGAGGGCAAACCAUAUGAUAAGCCCAACAUAGUCACUGGAGCUAAUGUUCAGGUUUGCUGGGAGAAGUUCGCUAGGUACUUUGAGGUUGAACUGAAGGAGGUAAAACUGUCAGAGGGAUAUUAUGUGAUGGAUCCUGUGAAAGCAGUUGAGAUGGUGGAUGAGAACACCAUCUGUGUUGCAGCAAUUCUGGGAUCAACCUUGACUGGAGAGUUUGAGAAUGUGAAACUCCUUAAUGAACUCCUCACUGAAAAGAAUAAGGAGACAGGAUGGGACACCCCAAUCCAUGUUGAUGCCGCUAGUGGUGGUUUUAUUGCCCCAUUCAUUUACCCUAAUCUUGAGUGGGAUUUCCGUUUGCCUUUAGUGAAGAGCAUAAAUGCUAGUGGUCACAAGUAUGGCCUUGUCUACCCUGGUGUUGGCUGGGUUGUUUGGAGGACUAAAGAGGACUUACCUGAUGACCUUGUCUUUCACAUCAACUAUCUUGGAUCUGAUCAACCCACAUUCACCCUCAACUUCUCCAAAGGCUCUAGUCAAAUCAUUGCUCAAUAUUAUCAGUUUGUUCGGCUGGGCUUUGAGGGUUACAAGAACGUCAUGGAGAAUUGCUUGGCGAAUGCCACAGCACUGAAAGAAGGAAUUGAGAAAACGGGGUUGUUUAACAUUGUCUCCAAGGAGGAAGGAGUACCCCUGGUAGCCUUCUCUCUCAAAGACAGUAGCAAAUACGAUGUGUUUGAGAUAUCAGGGAGUUUGAGAAGGUUUGGGUGGAUCGUUCCAGCCUACACAAUGCCACCUGAUGCUCAACACAUUGCUGUUCUUCGUGUAGUAAUUAGAGAGGAUUUCAGCCGGGCCUUGGCUGAGAGACUUAUUUCAGACAUAGUGAAAGUUAUGAAGGAGAUGGAGACACACCCCAUCCGUGUUUCCACCAAAACUGCCCAUGUCACAGCUACUAUUGAUGAGACACAAGACGGAGAGGAUGGAGGCAAAAAGAACAUAAAAAAGAGUGCGAGGGAGACUCCGGAGGAGAUAGCCACCUACUGGAGGCAGCUUGUGGCUCGCAAGAAAACUGGAGUUUGCUAGUCCUCCAAAUUAAAAGCAAUGUCUGCUCCUAUAUAUAUAUAUAAAGGCAUUGUCUUCUGCAAUUUUUUCUAAUAUUGAUGAAAUUGCUUGGCUUUCUUCAGGACUGGAUGUAUUAACUUUGUAUGGGAUUAUCGACGAAUUUGAUGGUUUUCACUAUAAAAUCUGAUGUAUUUAUAAGUAAAAUGACUUAAGUUCUUUCA